AAUAAAUUUCAACAUGGAUAAUUCGUCUCAGCAACUACUACCACCACAACCUCCUCCCCCUCCUCUGCCUCCCCUACCACAAACUACACCAAAUGUCGCGUCCAACGAGUCUAAUUCAGUACAAAAUACAUCACCAUUUAUAUCGUCCACACUUGCAUUAUCUUCAAUCAACAGUACUAAUGAAUUAACAAAACUUGACAAAGAUAACACAGCAAAUCUUUCAAAUACACAAAAAAUGUUGAAACAGUUGUUAAAAGACCCAUUAUUGUCAGAUCUAACAAAAUUAAAUAAUAAUGGUAGUAUAAGUAUAGAAGAAGUUGAUACUCUGAUUUCAUUGGAAACUGGUACAGCUUUUGAAAUCAAGAUUGAGCGAGAUGGAUUAGAACCGCUGAUCUUAGUCGUACGACAAAAUUCUACUAUCUCAGAUGUAAAAAAUUUAAUUCAACUAAAAGUCGAAAAAUCACAAAAAGAAAGUAAUAAGGGACUUAGACCUAAUAAAAAGAUUAGUUGGAAAUACAUUUGGAAAUCUUAUUGUUUAACAUUUGAAAAUCAACGUUUAUUACAAGAUAAACUUCCAAUACAAGAAUUAGGCAUUCGCAGUGGCAGUGUUUUAAAGUUUUCAAGGUUGGUCAGAAAAUUACGUAAAAAGCGUGGUAUUGUUGAGGAUAAUCGAAAAUAG